GUACACUGCACAGUGAUCCUUGCUAUAGUAGUUAGCAAGUCAACACUACGUGGCUGCCGCUCCUCGUCCGCCUGAAUGAUGUGAUCUGUGGUGGUGGAGUUCGCUCACCACUUCGAUAUUUGUGAUCCUUCGUCCUCGGCAGCCUACACAUCAUCAUAGCCAUCAACAGAAGCAAUGUUGCAUGAGUAGUGGCAUCCCCUUUGUACUACAUAUUCAGCCCCCAAGGACACAGAUCUUAAUGAUGCAAUGAAGAACGUAUGCAGGAGGUAUUAACAAAUUGGAAUGAAAAUGAAAAUCCUUCAAAGCUUGGUAUGGGUGGGGACCCUCUUUCUGUGUGUCACCCUCUGUUUCACCCUGGAUACAGAGAAAGACAACACAAACAGAGACCCAACAAGCAACUUAGGAAGUGCUCCUGAAGGAAGGUCCACAGAUAAAGAAGAGAGACAAGCUGACACAAAUGACUAUGAGAACAGUAAAAGUGACCACAGGACCAUAGAUGUCACAGAUGUAGAGGACAGCCAGAAUCUUGCAGAUAUUGUUGAGGAAAGUCAAGGAAGCAGUGGGGAAACCACAACAGAAGAAAGUCAUUAUAGCACAGAGAAUGACAAAACCUUGGAGACCCUUGGUGAUGGAGACAAUACAGAGGAGAGCCAGAGCAGCAGCACAGGUCACAUCAUCAUAGUGGAAGCAGAGAGCCAGUCAGGAGUGAGUGGUGCAGAUGUGGAUAGCAAGUGGGAGAGCAAAGAGGAGAAAUUUACUGAAGAAGGUCAGGCCAAGCCAAUGCCCUCCCCUGGGGAAAUACAAGGGAGGGAUUUGUAUGAAGCAGCCAUGACCCUCCUCAAUGAAACCAAACAAGACAGCACUCAGGCAUACACUUUGCUACAAUCUGCAGCUGAACUUGGUCAUCCCCUUGCCCUUCAGAAGGUGGCAUGGGCCCAUCUUUUGGGCAACCACCUUUCCCCCAAUGUCAGCAGAGCAUCUGAGAUCUUUGAGAAGCUAGCCAUGGCAGGUCAUGCUGAUGCCCAGAUGGGCCUUGGCUUCAUGUUUGCCACUGGCAUUGGUAAAAACUCUAGUCAGGCCAAAGCUCUGGUUCACUACACGUUUGGGGCUCUAGGGGGUAGCCAGCUUGCCCAAAUGGCUUUAGCCUAUCGAUACUGGUCUGGAAUCAGUGUGGCUUCCAACUGUGAAACUGCUCUCACUUACUACCGGAAAGUCUCUCACACAGUGGCAGAUGAGGUGUCAUUGAAUGGGAACUGGGUUGUGCAGAGAGUGAGGCUGCUGGAUGAAGUGGACAAUCCUGGCUCAACUUCAGCUCUGCUAGAUGAUGACCUCAUACAGUACUAUCAGUUCCUGGCUAAGAAAGGAGAUGUCCAGGCUCAGGUUGGAUUGGGUCAACUUCACUACCAAGGUGGUCGUGGUGUGGAACAAGACCACCAGCGUGCUCUCAAUUACUUCAUGCAGGCUGCUGAGGCAGGCAGUGCCAAUGCCAUGGCCUUUCUCGGAAAGAUGUAUCUUGAGGGUAGCUCUGUUGUGAAGCAGAGCAAUGACACAGCACUCAAGUAUUUUAGGAGAGCAGCAGAACAGAGUAAUGCUGUGGGUCAGAGUGGACUGGGGCUUAUGUACCUACAUGGGCGAGGGGUGCCUCAGGACCACAAGCUGGCCCUCAAGUAUUUCACCCUAGCAGCUGAGCAGGGCUGGGUGGAUGGCCAACUCCAAUUGGGCAACAUGUAUUUCAGUGGUUUGGGGGUGCAUCGGGAUUACAAAAUGGCCAUCAAGUACUUCAACUUGGCCUCCCAGUCAGGGCAUGUAUUGGCAUUCUACAACUUGGCUCAGAUGCAAGCAUCAGGAACUGGUAUGGUGCGUUCAUGCCAUACUAGUGUGGAGCUCUUCAAAAAUGUUGCUGAGCGUGGUCGAUGGGGUGAACGGUUAAUGGAAGCCCACUCAGCUUACAGGACAGGCCGUCAUACACAGGCCCUCAUCACUUAUAUGCUUUUAGCAGAGCUUGGUUAUGAGGUUGCACAGAGCAAUGCAGCCUUCAUUCUUGAUCGUCAUGAGACUCAGCUGUUUAGGCAGGGUGGUGAGGGUUUCUCUCGUGCCCUCAUGUACUGGGGACGUGCUGCUUCACAGGGAUAUGCUGUGGCACGAGUUAAGUUGGGGGAUUACCAUUAUUAUGGCUACGGCACCUCUGUGGAUUACGAGACAGCUGCAGCCCACUACCGACUUGCUUCAGAGCAACAGCAUAAUGCUCAGGCCAUGUUCAACUUAGGGUACAUGCAUGAACAGGGCCUGGGACUCAAGCAAGAUAUGCACUUGGCUAAGCGUUUCUAUGACAUGGCAGCCGAGGCAAAUGUGGAUGCCCAGAUUCCAGUGGCUUUGGCACUGGCUAAGCUGGCCUUUCUUUUCUCCUUCAAAUAUCUAGAAGAUUUUCAGUGGCUUCAGCUUCAGGAGAGGAGCCUGGAGGAAUUGCUAGGACCAGACUGGGACAUCUACUUGAUGGCUAUCCUCUCUGUUUUUAUUGCUGUUCUUAUGUUAUUCCGCCGACCUCCACCUCGGCUAGCCAUAUAAAGUAUUGCCUUAGCACACAGAGAAUGUAUGAUGGUUGUAUAGUCAAAAGGAUCAAUCUGUUUUGUAUUUUCUGAUUUUCUGAAGAUGUCAUCUCAAUAUCUUGUGGUCAUUUCAGUUUUCACAAAUAUUCAAGCAAUCUGUGGUGAUGGUUAUGGUUUUUAUUGUUCAUGUUAAAGCACAUGAUUUAUCAUAACUAAAAAUUUAGUAUGGAUUAUUUAUGCAUGUCAUCAAAGAAAUUGAUAAGUGGUGCAUAGACUUAGCAGUUGAGUCUUCAGUUUUAUGAGGUAUAAAUUUCACAAAUUAAUUACUGCAACUCUCAGUUUCGUAAACAGGCCAACAGUUCCACAGCCCCAUACAUAUUACAUAUCCAUGUAUAAUCUUGCUGUGUGUGUAUUGUGAAAGACAUGAUAGUCUGGAAAAACUGACUCAGUAAAUUUAAUGGAAAGUAACUGAAAAUUAUGCAAAUAAGAGAGUUGCUCUCCUUUGGCUUAAAGGCCGUGGUUAGUGAUUCUGGCCAUGGCAUGUGUUCUCCCAGCACCUCCUACACUUUGGGACCUGAAUGAACAGCUUUUUAGUAAAAUGUUAUUUUUCUGA